UGAUUAUUUAAUUUAUUUUUUGACUUUUAUCGAAACUUUAGGAGACGUUUUUUGUGAAAAAUUCAAUUUUUUGUAGAAUUAUGGACGAACAAAAAUUACUAAAAAAGAAGCGACAAGCCCAAAAAGACCACAAUUGGCGUACGAUUGCCGAGUUCAGCAACAAGUUAGGAGCUCUUUACUGCGACAACGGAGAUUACGAGCAAGCAAUUGCGCAAUUUAAGGAUGAAUUCGAGGCAUACAAGGCUCUCGGCAUGAAAAUGGAAGCAGGGCAUGCUCAAAGAAUGAUUGGCGAGAUGUUGAUGUAUCAAGGAGAGUACGAAGCUGCCCUCAAAUUCGCUACGAAUUACUUGAAAACUGCCGUGGAUGAAAAGAACAAAGUCGAGGAGCAACGAGCGCAUGCCACAAUCGCUCGAAUUCACUUGGUUCACGGGCAGAGUGAGGAUGAGGGACCAAAAAGACAGAAAAUUAUCAAUGAAGCGGAAAAGGCGUUUCUUCGAGCUGCCUUGGCGUGUAACUCGAUAAAAAAGCAAAUUGGCAGUUUCCAAGCAGCUGACAUGGAGGCCCGCAUCUACCUGAAUCUCGGCGUUUGCAAGGAAUAUUGCGAAGAUUACGAAAAGGCAGCAGAACACAUGCAAACCGCCAUUCAAAUUGCCAAAAAAUUCGACUUGCACGAACUUUUGUACCAAUGUUACACGUCAGCAGGCUUAAUGCACAGUCUUCGAACCGGCGACACCCGAAAAUCCCUCUUGAUGUUCAACUUAGCGAUGCAAACUGCCGAACGCCUCCCCGAAAAGACAAAAAAAUCCUGCGAAGUACUGCAGAUGAAGGCAGAUGUCUCGUUGAAAAUCGGCGAUAUCCGGAGCGCGAAACAAUCUCUCGUGCAAGCGUUCAAAAUGAAAUCCGGCAACGACAAAAUUUUGCAAGAAACGAUCGAAAAGCAGCUCAAAACGUUAAUUGCCGUCGAAAAAGCGCAAGACGAACUUCUGAACUCGGAUUCGCAGGAAUAUGAAGUUCAAAAGGGGCUUUAUGAGACACUUGGCGACGGUUGGUGUCAACUUGGCAACUACGGAAAAGCGAUUGAAUAUUACCUGAAGAUGUUGGGAUGUGCGGAACUGGAUGGCGUUUCGUCAAAGGAGUUGGUGCCGAUCUACGUGAGUCUUUAUCAGACCUAUAGGGACAACAAACAAUACAAUUUGGCCUUGACUUAUAUGAAAAAAGAGCAUGAACUCAUCGAAAAUAACCCAAAAGAGGCUUGUGACACUCUCGUGAGCAUCGCUGAAGUUCAAGAAUUGGCGGGAAAAAGUUUUUUCGAGAUCGAAGAGACUUUGAGGAAGGCUUUGACACUCGCAAAAACGACAAAUGACGAUUUUUUGGCGAAAAAAGUCAUUUUUAAACUCCUUCAGUUGUGUCGAAAGCACGGAAUGAUCGACCAAGAAGAAAUUGUGGCACAAGAAAUCCUCGAAAACGGCUUCACAGUGAAAAAUUUAGAGAAUUUGUUCGAAAAUGAGGAAAUUUUAGCAGAAGAAGAGCCUGAUACGCCCGAUAUUGGUCACGAUAUCGACUUGAAUGAACUUUUUCAAAGCGAUGAUGAGGAAAGAAAUGACCAAAAACGCUCCGUGGAACGAAGAAAAAGGACAGGAAUUAAUCUCCAGAUGAAACGAAACCAAAAAGGCGAGACUCCGUUGCAUUUGGCGUGCAUUUCGGGCAAUUUAACGCUCGUUCGGCAACUUUUGGACCAAGGACAUGAACUUAUUGUGCGCGAUAAUGCGGGCUGGAUACCCUUACAUGAAGCUUGUAAUCACGGUUUCAAAGAAAUUGUCGAAGAAUUGCUCACUCGAGGGGCGAAUCGAGGCAUUAAUGAUCGCGGCGGCACAAAAUGCGAUGGCGUGACACCCUUAUAUGACGCUUGUAGCAACGGAAAUUUGGAAAUUGUGGAGUUAUUAUUGGAACGGGGUGCAGAUCCAACGAUGAAAACGAAUGACGGGGACUCUGCCUUGCAUGCGUUGGAGCUUUGGCGAGAAAAUGCUGUUGGAUUAACUGCCGCCGAGGAGAAUUUGUACAAAAAUUUGCAUCACAAGAUCAAACAUAGCUUGGAAAAAACGGGAAAUUUGAAUAUUUCGAAAGAUUCAGAGACAAAAAAGCGACUUUCGUUGUCCAGAAGUAGCAGUUUUAAGGAUUUGGAAGUCAGAAGCACAAGCAGUUCAGGUUCUCGUCACACACCGAAAGUGCGAAAUAUCAGAAAAGGUCUCGACAUUUCCUCGGAUGAUGAUUCUGAGGUUGAAUUUUCGUCAAAUACUUCAAAAAUCACGUCUUUAGUACCGACAAAAUCGUCGGAAACGCUUUCGGAGCAAAAACGAGCACGUUCCGAUUACAAAGAAGUCAUGUCAAAACUCAGAAAACCCCAUUCCAGCAACAAUUAUUCGCCAUAUUCGGCGGAAUCGACUGAAAGAAAGCAAUCUGCGCUCAUUUCGACGACAAAUCUCGACGAUGAUUGGUUAGAAGAUGACUUAGGUCCGAAUCGAAAAAAGCAAAAAAUUAUUCAGGAACCGAUUUUACCACGAGCCAAAGACAAUUUUCGUCGCAGCACGUCUUUUGCAUCGCCAACGAAAAAAGUUCCGAGUCAGGAAAUCGAUUCGACGAUCGAUGAUCUUGCGGAUUGGGAUUCUGUGGAUAAUUUUGAUGCAUUUGCGGAUGAAAAUGACGUUCCAUUGUGGCAAAGUACAGCAAAGCAAAAGACGCCGCCACGCAAAUCGAAUCCAAUUAAGAGACAAACGUCGCUAAUGGGAUGCGGAUUUUCCCUCAGGAGAAGCGAUAGUCCGAGAAAAGGAGAUAAUUUGCCAGAUUCGACGAUAAAUGAACAUUUUCCGGUUAUUUAUGCGAGUCCGAGUCCUGUUAAAGUUGUUGCGCCUGUAACGGGAUUGAAGACGAUAGUUGUGAAAAUUGCAGAUGAAUUGAUUUCAGUGCCUGUGAAAGUUGCGGAAAUUGAUAAUUUGGAUGUUGAGUGGCUCGUGAAUGAGGUUAAGAGGCGUUAUUCCAAUUUAUUUGGUCGCUCACCCGAAAUCCGUAUAACUUUGGACAACGCUCUUGUCGAAACAACGGAUCCCCUUGCGAUUGUCUUCACCGCUACCGAAGUCGGAGCUCGUAUAUUAAAAUUCAACACAAUUUCCCUGAUGAAUCGCUAUCGCGCUGCUUGUCAAGAACUGAAAUUUCCCAUCUUAGAAGACGUCAUUAACGCAUUCGAGCAAUCUUUGUCAAGCAAACGACUGAAUUUGGAGGAUUUGAUGUUAACAAGUGACGAAAUUCAACCAAUUUCGAAUGCAAUAAAGCAAGAAACUGAACUCGUUUUUAUGAAUUUCGACAAUAAUUGCUUACAAAACAGCGGAUUGAAGCAUUUAUCAGAAGUUUUGGGAGAAUUAAAGGCUUUGGAAGACCUAAGAUUGAGCGGGAAUUUGAUCGAAGUUGAUGGAAUCAAAGCUUUGACGGGAAAUUCGAUCGUUUUGGAGAAUUUAACGAGUCUGACGUUGGAUUUUAAUCCUUUAGGCAACGACGGAGUGAAAGUUCUCUUCGAAAAAGGGCCUUUUUGGUGCCCGAAUUUAACAAAAUUAUCAAUGGCGGCUUGUGAUAUCAAAAUUAUCGAAGGAAAUCCGACAAUUUUAUCGAAAUUAACUCAUUUGGACUUCAGUGAAAACGCGUUGGACAGAAAAAGUUUGGAUUUUAUCGCCAAAAAUAUCAAUAGAGAACGGAUAAAAGUCUUAAAACUCAAUAACAUGGGCAAUAAUUCGUUAAAUUGGUUCCCGUUAUUCGUCUCUCCGUUCGCCAAACUCGAGGAACUUUACCUCGCCUCAAACACUUUAACGGAUGACGUGAUACGAGAAUUGCUUUCGUCAUGUACCUGCCUUAAUUUGCUCGAUUUAUCGCACAACUCAUCGCUCACCUCGACCUCCUUUGAAUUUUUCAUGAGAAACGUCGCACUCCGGAAAAUUUAUCUCAACGGGUGUCAAAAUCUCCUUCCAUCGCCGUCGCUGCCGCAUGUUAAUUCAACCGCAGACCUAUCACUGCCGGAAUAUAUGGAAUUAACAUUAAACAUCACUAAUCCAAUGGAACGCGAACAACAAGAGAAAUACAUGCGGAAGAUAUGGGAUGAUUGCUACAACAACAACAACAAUGACGACGAUGAUAACGGCGAUGAUGCCGCCGCCGCCGCACGAAACACGAGAAAAAGCAAGAACAGAGUUGGAUAUGUGAAAGUUAAUAAAUUCCAACUGACGGCAUUUGUUCUUGAUACAACAGAUUAAUUUUUGUUGGAUUUUUUUUUCUCGUUUCGUUCGUUUUUUUGAUUGUUUUUUUUUUUGUUAGUUCAUAGAAUGACCAUCGUUCAAAUCAAUUUUGUGUAAAUAUAAUAAAUUAAUCAUGAAUAGUUU